AUGGUUAAGCGGGUACGCAGCACGUCUCCCCCGAAGAAGACACUGAAACGACGAAGGCGCGGCGGUAGACGACGCGGCAAGAAGCGGCGUAGUGAGGUCAACUUGCAGUCGGUUCCACCGUCUUUCCUUUGCCACAUAUGCACGAAGAACCACUGGACAAUUUCCUGUCCUCAGCUGUGGCAGAAUCCACAGGACUACCCGCUUAUGGAUAAGAGAAAAGGCUGCCGUAAGUGCGCCCAGCGCGGCCAUCUGUCUUCACAAUGUCCCGUGAAAAAGUACCGCUGCGCUGACUGUGGUGGGUUGCACGAUACGCGCGACUGUGAGUUUGAUCACAAGAGCGAGGAAUGGCAUGAGUUCUACGACCCUGUCACGCAGCACGUCUACUACGCUCAUAGUGAGACACAAGAGGUGCGGUGGACACCCCCGGCACAUUGGCUGGAUGUGGUGCUGUGGUUUUGCUCGAACUGCAGGGUUCUCAUGCCCACCACUCUGCCGGAGUGCGUCAAGUGCCAUGCUCCACGAAUGGAGUCGAGGGUAUCGAAUGUCUCAUCUCCCUCUUCCUCUUCUUCCUCCGCCACCUCCUCCUCUUCAGGUAAUGAUGAUGAAAGCGACGAAGACGACAGCGACUCAUCAGUGGAUGGGGAAGAUUAA